AUGGAGAAUUGCUUCGAAAGGAAUUUGGUGAAGCUGACAAAAAAAGCAUCGGUUAAAAAACCAUCGAAGAAAGCAGUUUCCGAGAAGCGAAAGCGGGCUAAACGACAAAAUCAGCUUGGUGAUGAAACUGAAACAGAAAAGAAGGCAGGGGAACAUUUUGUUUUGGAGCUCACUCAGAAGGAAGAUAAAAGUUUAAACGUCAAAUCGGCGCCACCAAACGAGGACUUCAACAAGAAAUACGAGAUGGUUCUUGAGAAACUGGCUUUUUGUCAGAAUGCAUCAGAGAAUGGUAUACUUUGUAACGACGAGGAAGUUUCGGUUGUAGCUAUUAGUAUUUAUAGUGCCUGUGCUCGAGAGAAUUGUUUAAAGGUUCGGGAACGUCUUUCUCAAGAAGUGGAGUCUGGGAAUAUUGAGGAAAGCGUUAUCUCUGUGAUUAUGCAGAAAUGGCGUCGGCGGAAACGCGAAAUGGCCUACCAGACGUGUAGAGAAAAGCUCGUCAACAUGGAAGGAACACUUGAGGAUGUGAAGGUAACUGGUUAUGUCUAUAACGGAUCAAAGCCCGGUACCGCAAGCGAAUGUUUAACACAUUCCCAACUUAUGCACUUUGGCGAGAGAAGUGUAUGGUGUGACUAUGAUACUACCAUAAACUCAUCAGAUCAGAUCUUCGAUCCACUCAAUUUUGAGAACUCAUUCUGCUCUGCUAAUAUCGCCAACGAGCCACGCAUUGUUCAUGAUUUGGUGCGCAGGCGGAAGGUCAAGAAAAGAGAUGCAGGUGACAUCAUCAGGCGAUGGAAGAAUACUGAAAGGCGUCGCGUUAAGCGGCAAAUCACUAAGCAGACGUGGGUCAAGCAUUGUUUUCCUUUCGCCUCAUGCUUUGUUUGUGGACAACAGGGCCAUUUAUCGAGGGACUGUGAGAAAAAUUCUAACGGGAUCUAUCCUGAUGGUGGCUGCUGCAAUGUAUGUAGUUCGACAAAGCAUCUUAAACGUGACUGUCCUGAACUUGCUGCUCGCAAGCAGAAGAAAGAUCACUGCAAUGUAACCGUUCGAACGAUGUCUAUGAUGUCGUCAGCUGAUGAGGACUACGUUCCGGAAGAGGAAACUUCAACGAAGGAGAUCGAAAGGAAGCCGAAGAAAAAAGUUGUGCUGUUUUAUAUUUGUUUCACUCUACCUCAAUCGUUGACAGCACGUGUCUUAACAAUGGAAGCAGUUCCACCUAUAGGUGAAAGCCGAAUUGAUCCGAAUCGACGACCCACAGGUGGUCGUCCUCGCAAUGUGGGUGUUCGUUGUUGCAUCGAGUCGAAUCCAGUGGAGAGAACACCGCUCGAAUCAGGAGCUUUACUCAGCGGUGUCCUUUUAUACAAAGUAGAUCAUAUUGGAGGCAGGAGUCAUUCAACAGCCUUAGGAGGGCAUCGUCGAGUGAGACUGUUCAUUCGAUCGAUACUCCGCUUCGUUGGAUUCUACUUGAUGCGACCAGGAACACCCAUAUCGCGAGAACGACCACUUCUGGAUCAUCGAUUCGGACCAAUUCGGCUCUGUGGACGGUGA